CCCUCCCCUCACCCCCUCCUUCCAUAGGGCACCACCGGGCCAUUGCACCUACCGGUUGGGAAUGGAGACGCCACAGGUGGUAGCACCAAGACCUGUCAAAGCCAUCAAGCCCUCACCCUCGCUCUUUGCUCCGGAGCCUCCCUCUGUUGUCUUCCCGGCCUUCCGUCAUGUUCCUGGCUCUCACCCGCACACUACCAACACCACCGCCGCCGCCACCACCACCACCACCGCCACCGCCACCUCAGGAACACCACCUCGUCCGAGGUCGUCUUCCACCAACCAACACGUUCGCCUCCCACAUCCGGCUCCGCCCACUGCCGCCCACGCACGUCCGCCUCCACACAUGAUCUCACCGGCCUCGCGCAUGCCAAUGGCUCUUGUCCCUGCCACCGUUCGGAACGGUGCCGCUCACUCGUCGUCGUCGUCUUCCUCAACCUCGACUUCGUCGGCAUCGCCUCCGAACCCGCUACACUCUGCUCCCAUACUUCCGGCACCGAUGUACCCCAUGGUCCCGGGACAUGUCGGUCUCGCCUCGGCCCAGGGACACCACCAGAUGGGGCUUGCCACCGCUUCGCCACCUCCUGACCUGGAUCAGGUCAUGGACGGUGACACCGGGCCGUCGUCCGAGCUGGCCCGUAUUCUCCGGCCGACUCGCGCUUCGCGCACGGCUUCGGUUGAGGACAUUCUGGCCCUCUCGCGCGAGCCUGGCGCGCCGGAUCUGACGUAUGCCCUGCCGCAGCGUCAGCCUCCGCCGCAUGCCUCGCUCGUCGAGCGCCCGUCGUCGCCGCACCUCCCGCUACCACCGGCGGUGCCUGCCACGGCGCCCUCGCCGUCUGUCGCGCCGGCUGCCCAGUUUGCACGCACCCUCGAGGCCGAGCCGUUCCAUGCCGUCCACACUCCGCCGGUGCGGACAUGCAACCCUGUGGCCGCAAACUCACCGUUCCUCCGUUCGCCGGCGGUCCCGCUCGCCGCCAUGCACCCGCUCAUGGUCUACGCCUCGAUGGCGUCAGCGUCGAUGGCUGCGGCUGGCGUCGCAGCUUCACAGGCCUCGACAACGUGUCCGGCGUCGCCGGCCAAGGGCUCGCGCUCCCGCCGCAAGACCAAGCGCAAAGCUGGCGGUCGGAGCGCGCGCCCCAAGGCUAAGGCCAAUGCCAAGGCCGCCAAAGCCAAGGCUUCCAAAGCCAAGGCCAAGGCCACCAAGUCCAAGGCCAAGGGUCUCUCGCGUACGCCCAAAGCUUCCCGGAGCCGCCCAGCAAGGGCUGGAGUGGACCCGGCGGCGGGAUCGCCCGCGGCUCGCGCCCGGGCCCUGCUGCUCGCCGGCGGCGGGCCGCCGCCUCAUCUCAUGGUGCCAACCGCCCCGCAGGCCAAGCCACGGACUCGCGCCGAGUGGACUCGUCGUCGCAAUCGCAAGCUUAACGUCGCCCGCAUCGUUGCCUCCAAGCUCGACCGCCACCGCCAGCAGACGCCGCACUUUCGCCCGCGUGCACGCUCGCUCGGCGACUACCCUCACGACCGUGCGCCGGUAGCCGUGGUGGGUGCGGCCGCCAACUAGCUAGCCAUGAACAUUGUAUCUGCUGGAAUGAAUGGACAUAUCUGCUC